CACUUUGUGAUUAGGUGUUGAACAAUGGCUGGAAGUUGGUGUUUGGUUCAGAUUUUGCUGAUUUGUGCUUUCUGUCAUGCUGUUCCACAGUGGAGUAAAUCGCUUCAGGAUGCUCAAGCUCUGAUGAUCCAGCAAACUGACCAGCAGUUCCAGCUCCAGAAGCCAGUUCAACAGCUAGCUAACCAGCAGUUUCCGCUUCAGAAGCCAGUUCAACAGCUAGCUAACCAGCAGUUUCCGCUUCAGAAGCCUGUUCAACAGCUAACUAACCAGCAGUUUCCGCUUCGGAAGCCAGUUCAACAACUACCUAAACUGCAGUUUCCACUUCAGAAGCCAGAUCAACAGCUAGCUAACCAGCAGUUUCCACUUCAGAAGCCCGUUCAACAACUACCUAAACUACAGUUUCCACUUCAGAAGCCAGUACAACAGCUAACGAACCAGCAGUUUCCACUUCAGAAGCCAGUUCAACAGCUAACGAACCAGCAGUUUCCACUUCAGAAGCCAGUACAACAGCUAACGAACCAGCAGUUUCCACUUCAGAAGCCUGUUCAACAGCUAACUAACCAGCAGUUUCCACUUCAGAAGCCACCAGUUAAACAGUUUCAGAAGCCAGUAGUGCAGGCAGAGCCCCUUGAUAAAUGCGCUGUAGCUGAUUCUGAGCAGAUCCAAUGUGGUCUACCUGGGAUCAGUGGUGCUGAGUGUGAAGCUAUCAACUGCUGCUUUAACGGACAGCAGUGUUUCUAUGGGAGGGCAGUGACCGUCCAGUGUAUUAGAGAUGGUCAGUUUGUGGUAGUGGUGUCUAGAGAUGUUACUCUGCCUCGACUGAGUCUGGAUUCGGUUCAUCUACUGGGUGGAAAUGGCCCACCUUGUGCUCCCGUGGGGUCCACACCUUCCUUUGCUAUAUACCAGUUCCCUGUGACCGCAUGUGGCACGAGUGUGAUGGAGGACAGCGGAUAUGUGGUGUAUGAAAACCGAAUGACCUCUUCGUAUGAAGUGGGGAUUGGACCUUAUGGUUCCAUCACAAGGGACAGUCAUUUUGAGUUUCUCUUCCAGUGUAGAUACUCGGGAACUUCUGUGGAAGCUCUGGUUGUGGAGGUCAACCCUGUUCCUCCACCUCCACCAGUAGCUGCUCCUGGACCUCUCAGGGUUGAGCUCAGACUGGCCAAUGGCCAAUGUGUCACCAAAGGCUGUGCUGAAGGGGAUGAGGCCUACACGUCCUACUACAAUGAUGCUGAUUAUCCCAUCACAAAAGUCCUGCGGGAGCCUGUGUAUGUUGAGGUGCUCAUUAUGGAGAGGACUGACCCCAACAUUGUCCUGAUGCUGGGACAUUGUUGGACUACUUCAACCCCCAGUCCACUCAGUCUCCCCCAGUGGGACCUUCUGAUCGACGGAUGCCCUUACCGGGACGAUCGCUAUUUGACCACACUGGUUCCAGUGACUGGAUCGUCUGGUCUUCAGUUCCCAACCCACUACAAGCGCUUUGUUGUGAAGAUGUUCACAUUUGUAGAUCCAGCAUCACUGGCUGCUCUGCAGGAAACUAUCUUUAUCCACUGCAGUACAGAGGUGUGCCAUCCAUCAUCUGGCUCUUGUGAACAAAGCUGCACCAGGAAACGGAGAGACACUCGUAUCAAGGCUGUCUCUGGGGAGCAGACUGUGGUUUCUAGUGGAGAAGUAACUCUGGUCAUGUAAAUCUAGUACUUUUAAUAAACCUUGCAGAACCCCGAGGUA